AACUACCUCCGUGGGGAGGCUUUGCAGGGACUGAAGGCUGAGGAGAGGCGGGUGCUGAGGCUGCGCUUUCCUUUGUUGGGAAUGAGAAGUGCCUCCCUUGACUGAAACUGGAGGAGUGAGCCAUUUGCUGACUCCAGGCACCAGACUCCUUUUGGAGCACUAUAAUUACGCACCAUUGAAGUCACUGCGCCAUUAGCAGAGCCGUGUUGUAUCCAUCUCUUCAAGGAGCCAAGUACUUAUGGCAGUGUGGAAACCGUCAAUGAAACGCAGAGCAGCAACAAGAGAGACACAAACCCGUGUGGUGUUGAUGGCAGAUGAGAAGAGUCCGUGAAGUGCCAGCGAUCCCUCUGCCACUUCUCCAGACGCCAAGCAGCAGCCAUGGAAGACUUCAAGGUGCAGAGCGUGCUCCUGACCGGAGGUGACCGUGGCAUCGGCCUGGGCUUGGUGGAGGCCUUCCUGGGGCUGCCACAUCCCCCCCAGCUCCUCUUUGCCACCUGCCGGCAUCCAGAUGGGCCCGGAGCCCAGGCCUUAAAAGAAAUGUCUCGCAGGGGAUCAAAAGGCUGCACUCUUGUUGUCCUGCAACUUGACGUCACUGACCCAGAGAGCAUCAAAGCAGCUGCCCAGAAAGUGGGGGAGCAGGUGGGCGGCAGUGGCCUUAACCUGCUCAUCAAUAACGCCGCCAUUGCCUGUGACACAACGCUUGAGACGGAAGAUGCCCAGAACAUGGCGGCUGUCUAUGCCACCAACACCAUUGGGCCCUUGCUGAUGUGCCAGGCGUUCAUGCCUUUGCUAAGGAAGGGGGCCUGGACCAGCAACCAGUGUAAGAUGAGCUGCAAGAAAGCAGCCAUCAUCAACAUAUCCAGCAGCUAUGGCUCCCUCUCGCUUGUGGACAGCUGGGGCUGGAAGCAAGACGUUGGCUACCGUUGCAGCAAGGCGGCGCUGAACAUGCUCACGCGGUGCCUGGCCCUGCGUUAUAGCAUCUGUGGGAUCCUCUCCGUUUCGCUCCACCCGGGGGGCGUGAAGACUGACUUGGGGGUGGAACAGGAAGAAGUGAGUCUGGCAUCCAGCGCAAGAGGGAUGGUAGAGGUGCUCUCCAGACUUUCUGCCCAUGACAAUGGCACCUUCCUGGACUGGAAAGGGCAGGUCAUCCCUUGGUGACAGAUCCAAAGACCGGAGAUGGGGAGACCCUCUGCUUGCCCCAGUCCUGGGGAGGAGGGUGCUAAGCCCCUUUGGUGCCCUCUGAGGAGAAGGGCAGGGAGGGGGCAAUGGGGGAAUUAAAGGAUC